AUGUGGUUGAUGCUUAGCCUGUUAGGGCUCGUAUUGCUUCCUUCGUCUCUCAAAGCGUUAUCUGUCAACUAUGGACCCCCUGGUGAUCCUUGGGGAGGCAGUCCUUUCCCGACACCAGGCGCUCCUGGGAGGUUAAUAGAUAAGCCAGGUGGCUAUGACGGUUGUGCUCUCAUCGUUCCCGGUCCGGGGAAGACGCAUCAUCUUGAUCUGGCCUACAAUGCCUUCAACGGCCUGGGUGGUUACGAUGGGGCCGGGACUUGCAUCACUUUCGAAUCCGUGAAUCGAGCAUUCGGUCAGGCCAAGCGGCGCUGGGGUCUCCCGGCUGCUCAUCGGAGGGAAUUAGAUGGUAAUGAAGUCGGUGGCAUAGGGAGAGUCCUCCUUGAGACCAGCCGUAUUCUCGCCCAUCAGUACGCUCUGAAGCCUGACGUGAUUAUCAAUGGGCUACCGUUGAUCGAUACGUCCAAGACGAUCAUCGAGCAGUACUGCCCAUACUGGCUGAAGAAGCCCAAAUGCGAGAUCAAGAGGUACCGAGAGUACAACGGACUGUGUGCUAAUCCCGAGAAUCCUCACUGGGGUGCCACCAGGACCACCUUCAAGAAACUCAUUGCCCCUGCUUACCCAGACGGCUUGGAUGCAGUGCGAGUGGCAUACGAUGGAAGCCCGCUGCCACCAGUGAGGUUGGUGUCCACAGUGGUGCACAGGGAUGAGGGAUACCAUGAUCACGCCGUAACUUUGUUCCUCAUCGCUUGGGGCCAAGCCAUUGACCACGACAUCACCCUCACGGGAGAAACCAAAGAUGAGCGAAACAAGGACCCGGAAUGCUGCAAGCGACAGGAGCACGAAGACUGUCUUCCGAUCCACAUCCCAGACAACGAUCCCUUCUAUUCUCUGUUCAACCACCGUUGCAUGAACUUCCUCCGAUCCGCCCCGGGUCCCCAAUAUGCCUGCAAGCUGGGACCGAGGCUCUCCUUCAACCUUCUCUCCAGUACGAUCGAUGCCAACUGGGUGUACGGAAGCAAGAAGGAGACUGCAGAUGCCCUUCGGAGCUUCGAGUACGGCCAGUUGAAGAUGUUGCCCGUCUUCCAGGAAUAUGGACUCAAGGAACUUCUCCCGUUGAAUAUGGCGGAUCCAGAAUCUGGCUGUCUGCGAGCCAGGAAGGACAUCUAUUGCUUCCAUGCCGGUGACGAACGAGUGAACGAACAGCUGAUUUUGACUGUGGUGCAUACGAUGAUGGCUCGGUAUCACAAUAUCUUGGCGAAGGAAUUGACUCGAAUCAAUCCACACUGGGAUGACGAGACGACGUUUCAGGAGACUCGACAUAUCGUAGCUGCCGUCACUCAGCACAUCACAUACAACGAAUUACUCCCCAUGCUCCUCGGGAAAGAGGUGAUGGCGAAAUACGACCUGAUCCUGAAGAAGGACGGAUAUUUUGACGGGUACGACCCAAAGAUCAACCCCACGGCUAGCGAUGCCUUCAUCACAGCAGCUUACCGAUUCGGACAUUCCCUCCUCCCGUCGACGGUCGAGAGAUGGUCUUCAAAUCACAAGUACAUCGGAUCUCAAAGGCUGAAGGACAUGUUGAGGCAGCCAUAUGACCUUUACAAGGGAGGCUGGUGUGACCAGUAUAUGUGUGGUCUUAUGAACCAGGUUGCUCAAGCCAUGGACGACUCCGUUACCCACGAAGUGACGAAUCACCUGUUCCAAGAGCCAGGCAAGAGGUUCGGUCUCGAUCUAGCGGCGUUCAACAUGCAACGUGGGCGAGAGCACGGCAUCCCAGGCUACGGCGCAUACCGGGAAUUCUGCGGUUUGCCUCCGGUGAAGACGUGGUAUGAUCUGGCCGCCUGGAUGCCAAAUGACACAGUGAGGCGAUACUCCGAAGUCUACAGGACCCCGGCUGAUAUCGACCUGUGGUCGGCGGGAAUCUCAGAGCGACCUCUGACUGGCGCCAUGGUGGGACCCACUUUCGCCUGUCUCAUUGCUCUGCAAUUCCGAGAUCUCCGGCUCGGAGAUCGAUUCUGGUACGAGAACGGCGGAUGGCCUAGCUCCUUCACCAUCGGUACGAUUUCUUCUCCACUUCCAUUACCAUACGAUAUUGGAUCACGUUCAACAUGUGUAUGUUGCGAUGUGGUUUCAGAACAAUUGAACGAGAUCAGGAAGAUCAAGCUAUCUCGGCUCGUGUGUGACACUUCCGACGAGAUUCCCGAAGUUCAAAUCUAUCCCAUGGUACUCCCUGACCACGAAAUCAACCCACGCGUGCCCUGCAGGAGCGGUAUUCUUCCAGUCAUCGACUUGUCGAAAUGGAGAGACACAAGAUAUUCCGGCCCACCUGUAGAAUAUACCAAACUUACUGUCGUGGCUGUCUUCAGCUGGGCAAACAUUGCUCAAACUGACGUUCGUCCCACUUCAUUCAUUACCAUCCACACAUCCCUUCUGUUAAUACGAGUUGAGAGCGAUACUCGGGAUGAUGAACUUUGUCUCCUAGACUUGGGUAGAGGAGGAAUAGAAGGACUCUUUCGAGUUGACAUGACGAUAAGGGACGUGGAUCCAGAGAUUGCAGCAGGAUAUAAGCCGUUGGAGCCUGAGAUCCCAAUUGGACCUCUCCCGGGACCAGGUCCCAUUCCCGUACACGAUGCAAGCCACCAGGAAGACUUUAACGUUGGCUCGGGAUUCCGUCCCUUGAAGCGGCCAGUGCCGCCGCUUCCACCCCCGAAAGCGGGUCCGCCAGACGGCUUCUUUGACGACUUCGCAGGGACGUCCAAGUUCCCCGACUUCGACACGUUUGACGAACCGAAGAAGACUCUGAAAAAGCCUUCUAACCUUCUGCCUCCAAUCGGGAAAAAGCCUCCUCCCCUUCUACCUCCAAUCGGGAAAAAGCCUCCUCCCCCUCCCCCCCCGCCUAUUUCCAUUCCGCCAUCAGCUCCGUCGGGUUCGGGACCGGAGGACGAAAAAAUCUACCUUUAUCCCACGACCAAUCACAAACAUCCGGACAAGUAUCACGAACAUUCGGUGAAAGUCCAUUCUCAUCCCCCCGACGUGUUCGAGUAUCCGGAUGGGAAAAAGGAGUUCGUGCAUCACCACUACUAUGACCAUUUUUACACGCAUUACCAUGCGCCACCGGUGGGAUCCGCGAGUGGAUCGGCGUCCGCUCCGGCCCUCAGGACUGAGCCACCCCCUCACGCCAGCACUCUCAAUGAGAAGAAGAUUCAAGCGACAUCAACGACUGCGCGAAACCCCACUAAAGACAAAGCCAAGACCGAAGAAGGACCGAUCAAGAAAAUGAACACAAAACAGCAGAUCCCAAACUUCAUCCGAAGCCGGGUCUCAAACGGUUAA